AUGGCAGAUAAUAAGCAGUCUAAAUACCGGCAGGAGAUUCAGCAGAUGAUGUAUGUCUCUGGUGAAACAGGCGAGCCUUCCGUCGAAGUAACCGCCAUGAUUGAGGAAAUUGUGCGGCAACAAGUCAUCGAGAUGCUGCGCAACUGUACGGAGCUCGCCGCCCGCCGCGGGGCACGUUCAAUCACCAUAAACGACCUGAUCUUUCAGAUCCGCGACGACGGGCUCAAGGUCUCGCGCCUGCGCACCUUUCUAAGUUGGAAAGAUGUGCGCAAGAAUGUGCGAGACUCCGACGAAAAGGGAGGCGAUGUUGAGCUGGGCGUCGACGACGCGGGCCCUAGCGGCGGCAUACCCGGCGCCGGUCCGGUUGAGGAGGCUGCCAAAAAGAACAAGAAGGCCAAGGUCAAGCUCCCCUGGGAGCCGAGCAGUUUCUACACUCAAGAGGUGCCAGAACGCGAAGAGGAAGAGGAUGAGGAGGAAGACGAGCUCAACUCCAUCACCCUGCAGCGACUACGUAAGGCGGACGAGCGGACAAAAAGGCAUCUGGAUAUCCUCGGUUUUCUGACAUUCGAGAUGGUGCAAACCCUCACGGAAGAAGCGCUAAAGAUCAAAGUGCAGGAGGACCUGUGGAAAGAGCGGCCUGGCGGGGAGAGCAACUCCAAGAAGAGGAAGCUAGCUCCUGGUGGUUUGUUUAGCCAGCCUAGUGAGGGCAAAACGCCUGUUGAGACCAGGCACGUUCAAGAGGCGUUCCGUCGGCUGCAGACAAGGACGAAGAAGAGCCGCGCUAUGCUCAACGGCACGAGGAUGCAGCAGAAAACUCGUCUGAAACUCUUCUAG